AUGUCUCGAAACUCAGCUGGUUUGGAAAAUACACUUUUCCAACUCAAAUUCACCUCAAAGCAACUGAAUAAACAAGCCCUGAAGGCUGCUAAGGAGGAGAAACAAGAGACGAAUAAACUGAAAAAAGCACUCAACGAGAGUGAGGAGAUAGCAAGACUUUACGCUUCAAACGCUGUCAGAAAGAGGAAUGAACGCUUGCAAUUGCUCAAGUUAGCUUCAAGAGUCGAUUCUGUGGCAUCGAGAGUUCAAACUGCGGUAACAAUGAGACAAGUCAGUGGCAGUAUGGCUCAAGUCUGCCGUGGCAUGGACAAAGCAUUGCAGAGUAUGAAUCUUCAACAGAUUACCAUGAUUAUGGACAAGUUCGAGCAGCAGUUCGAAGAUUUAGAUGCCAGUGUCAAUGUUUAUGAAGAUAUGGGGGCAAACGCAGAUGCCGUAGUUGUCGACAAUGAUAAGGUUGAUGAACUACUAAACAAGGUAGCUGAUGAGAAUGGCCUUGAAUUGAAGCAAUCUGCUGCCGUCAAAGAUUUGCCAGAGGUAGCGCCAGUUGUAGCAGACGCCACAGAAGAGAAAGAAGACAAGUUAGCGCAAAGAUUGAGGGCCUUGCGUGGAUGA